AUGGCUCGUAAGCGUAAGGGCCAGUCCCUUAACGACUGCCCCAAGGAUCUUAACGACAUCCCUUACAUCCGCUGGAUGAACCAGCAGAUCGCCAGCGGCCGUCAUCCGACUGGCUUGUCCACGCCGCCCGCGCUUGACGGGCAGGGUUCUAGUGCACAGUCGCCCAGCGCGGGCCCCUCACGUGUGCGUCGUCAGCCUGAGCCCCGGAAGAAGCGGUCUGCUGCACCAGUCGAAAGGGGCUUAUGGUCGGAUAAGGAAAGCACUAUCUUCGCCGCCGCGCGUUGGUUCAUGAAAGACGAGCUCGAGCCGCUCAAGGGGAAGCAUGGGACGCAAUACCGGGUCCGCCUUCUCGCGCACAUCAAGGAGUCGAACCCGGGUUGGUGCCGAAAUGUCAACGCGUUGCAAAAGCAGUGGCGCAACCUGAUGCUGCUUUGGCGGGAGUACAAGCGUGGUGAUGGUGGUUCGGGCAACGGUUCUGUGGAGAAACCGCCAUGGUGGCCGUAUCUGGAGCAGUUCAACAAGGACACCGCCGCUGCCGCACCGCAUGCAGUGGAUGGCGGCGGCGCCACUAACGUCAACGUGCCGGCCGGCAUGGAGGUCCCAAGUGCCUCUCAGCCAGAGACUUCGACACCGACCUUUACAGCACCGCCGCCUCAUCCCACGGGAACACCCAAGCACGCGCGGGUUCAUGAGACGGCUACUAUGCAAGCCGCCAUGCUUGUCUCCGCGACCAUCAAAGAUUGUCACGGUGACGCGAUGACGCGUAUAGAGGGUCUCGUCCGUGAAUGGAUGGCGCAGGACAUGCGCCUUGCACGCGAGCGCAUGACUGAAUCGGCCCCACCGGAUGUGCACCGUGCGACGACAGAUUUCAGCCCUCCUCCGCCACGCGGGGAGUCCGCGCCAUCUCCCGGAGCCGCCCAGCAGCGCGACGAUGUUGGCGACGUCAACACCGUCACACCGGGUGAUGACGAUGUGGAGAUAUGGGUGCGAGGCGCCGACGAUUAG